AUGCCCAUCAUGCUGCCGCUCCUCCUUCUUCUCCUUUGGCUCACCGGUGGCCCCUGCGUUAUCGCGGAGUACCGCUGCAUGUUUGACAAGAUCGCCCCGAAGUGGAGCGAGCUGGGCACCGCUGUGGUGCGGGAGCUCCCAAAGGCAAGAGAAGGCAGAUGGCAGGCAUACACCGCGGCCGUCUCAGACUGGGCGCCUAUCCGGAUUAAGGUCUUUGCUGAGGACUUAAAAAACAAGCUAAGGUACUGCACGGCGCAAGGGGAUAUACGGCCGGAUUUUUCCGGGGAGAUGGUGCGGUGCCAGCGGUCGGACGUCGUCACGAAGGAAAAGAUGGGGAUUAUCUUCACUGAGCUGCUUCCCAAAGCUGUCCAGCUUCACGCUGAGCGUCUGCUUGUGCGUCCCGUCCGUGGUGCUUUGACGUUGCCAUUGUUCAAGCUGGGGAUCUGCAGCGAGUUUACUGUUCCCGUUGCGCAUCACGUUUCGGGGGUUGUUGGUGCCGACACGAUCCUGUACGCUGCUGCCGCUCCCACCCACGACGGGGUUGUCGCGUGGGCCUCCCCAUGUGUGACGCUGCGGGAUGGACGACCCGCCGCCGGUGUCUUGAACCUCAACCCAAGCUUCAUCGCCUCCACGCGGGAGAGCAUACGCGCCGCCGCGCAUGAAAUUGCGCACGCGCUCGGGUUUCACAACGAAUUGAUGGGGAGGCUGGGGAUGAUCACCCUGCUUUUGGGCGUCCGCGGCAAGGCGAGCACGUUUGUGGUGUCCUCGAACGAGACACGUGCGAGGGCGCGGGAGCACUACGGCUGUAACACCGCGUCUGGCAUGGAGCUUGAGGACGAGGGUGGGAAAGGGACGGCGCAUUCGCACUGGGAACGUCGUAACGCGAAGGAUGAACUGAUGAAUCCGUUGGUCGGCGCAGGCUACUACACCGUUUUAACGCUGGCAGUGUUUGAAGACAUGGGCUACUACAAGGCGAACUUCAGCAUGGCAGAACCCAUGGGCUGGGGUUACAAGGCUGGAUGUUCGUUGCUGCAGGAGAAGUGUCUGAAAAACGGGGUUACGGCUCACCCAGAGAUGUUCUGCUCGGGUCCAUCCCGGGCCCCGACCUGCACCUCCGACCGCCGUGCUCUGGGAACCUGCAUGAUCAUGGUCCACAAGAACGCGCUUCCGCACGAGUAUCGAUACUUCUCGCAGAGCAACGUUGGCGGGAACCCUGACAUGCUGAUGGACCUUUGUCCCGUCAUCAACCCUACCAAGGACGCCGGCUGUGCUGAUGGGACGCCCGCCUUUAUGCCUGGGAGCCGUGUUGGUCCGCAAUCGUUUUGUCUGAAGGGUGACUCGCUCCAGAUGCUCCUUCACGGCCGCAUCGGUGACGUCUGCGCAGAGGUGACGUGCCUUGAAGGGGUUGUGCGCGUUCGGUACCUUGGCGAUGAGGCCUGGCACUUAUGCCCCGAGGGUGCCUCACUGGCCCCGACGUGGCCUUUCACGGGCGGCCGAAUUCUGUGCCCAAGGAGCGUUGAAGUGUGCCCUCGCCUGCCUGCCAAACUGCCUGGCAACAGCGAACGUGAGGCGACGCAACGCGAGGCUGGUACCCCCGAGGGAGAGGGGCACCGAGGGAGGAAUGACGCUGCCAACACCACAACAACUACGAGCACGAUCCAGAGCAUGUUUGAGCAACUAUGUCUAAUGCUUGGCAUCGACUGUGCAGGGAUUAAGUGGUGA